AUGCCGGAGGAAACUACGUCGAUUGAUUACGCCAUGGAGGCGGCAUCCGGGCCCCACUUCUCCGGUCUUCGACUCGACGGCGGCAGACUCUCAUCUUCUUCCCCAACCUCUUCUCUCGCUCCCAAUUCAACCCUAACCGCAGAUUCUCUUCUCAAUCAACCCUUCGUUAUUGGUGUUUCCGGUGGAACUGCUUCUGGAAAGACCACCGUUUGCGAUAUGAUCAUUCAACAGCUUCACGAUCAUCGCGUUGUUCUUGUUAAUCAGGAUUCGUUUUAUCGUGGAUUGAAACCGGACGAGUUGGAACGCGUUCACGAGUACAAUUUUGAUCACCCUGAUGCUUUUGACACAGAGCAACUGCUAGAAUGUAUGAAGCAGCUCAUCAGUGGCCAAAGAGUUAAAGUUCCUAUUUACGACUUCAAGAAGCAUCAACGCUCUUCUGAUAGUUUUCGCCAGGUCAAUGCAUCUGAUGUCAUUAUAUUGGAGGGAAUUCUUGUAUUCCAUGAUCAAGGUGUCCGUGAUCUGAUGAACAUGAAGAUCUUUGUGGACACAGAUGCUGAUGUGAGGCUUGCUCGUAGAAUUAGACGUGACACAGUGGAAAGGGGCAGAGACAUAAACUCCGUUCUUGAAAUGUAUGCAAAGUUUGUUAAGCCUGCUUUUGAUGACUUCGUUCUACCAUCGAAGAAAUAUGCUGAUGUGAUCAUUCCUCGUGGAGGUGAUAAUCAUGUUGCCAUUGAUUUGAUUGUGCAACACCUCCGCACAAAGCUUGGUCAACAUGAUCUGUGCAAAAUAUAUCCAAACGUGUAUGUUAUUCAAUCUACAUUCCAGAUAAGGGGGAUGCAUACAUUGAUUCGUGACACAGAAAUAUCAAAGCAUGAUUUUGUAUUUUAUUCUGAUCGACUAAUACGCCUGGUUGUUGAGCAUGGUCUAGGUCAUCUUCCUUUUACCGAAAAGCAAGUUGUUACUCCAACAGGAUCUGUCUAUACUGGUGUUGAUUUCUGCAAGAAAUUAUGUGGUGUUUCAAUUAUUCGAAGUGGUGAAAGCAUGGAAAAUGCACUUCGUGCAUGUUGUAAAGGCAUUAAAAUUGGAAAAAUUCUGAUACACCGGGAUGGAGACAAUGGAAAACAGCUUAUCUAUGAGAAGCUUCCCAAGGAUAUCUCAGAACGGCAUGUCUUGCUUCUUGACCCUGUCCUUGCUACAGGUAACUCAGCCAACCAAGCAAUUGAACUACUCAUUCAAAAAGGAGUGCCAGAAUCCCACAUUAUAUUCUUGAAUCUCAUUUCUGCUCCUGAGGGCAUCCACUGUGUGUGUAAAAGGUUCCCAUCAUUGAAAAUUGUCACAUCUGAGAUUGAUGUUGCAUUAAAUGAAGAGUAUCGUGUUAUUCCAGGAUUGGGUGAAUUUGGUGAUCGCUACUUCGGCACCGAUGAUUGA